CAUAGUACUCCCUCCGUUUCUUUUUGUUGUAUCCGUUUCCUUUUUAGUCGUUUCAUAAUGUUGUAUCCACUUAGAAUCUUUCCAUUUUUGGACAUACUUUUUUUCCUAAAAUACCCUUAUAUUUCAAUCUAAUAACCAAAAAACCUAAAGAAUCUACCCAUAUUCCCACCUAAUUUUCCCCACCCAUAAUAUUUUAUUCAUUUAACCCACCCACCUCCCUUAUUAAAUUAAUAAAACCCUAACGUCACUCUCACCUCUCUCUCCUUAUAACCCGUCCCUCUCACCCUCUCUCUCCUCAUUCUCUUCGGAUCCCUCUCUCCUCCUGUCUCCCUCUCUCUCCUCAAGAAAUCUCCCUGUUUCUCUAAAAACCCUAACCUUCUCCGCCCCUGUUCUUCGUUUUUUUUUGGUGAGAUCUCUCAGAUCUUUGGGGUUUUCGCUCAAAAUUGUUCUCAAACUUUAACCGGAACGACAUUCCGGUGAGAUCCCCUCUAGUUUUGUCCCCUUUGUCGUCCCAAAUCCCGGUUGGUAAUCGAUUCUCUGGUGAAAUUUUUUUGGGGAUAAAAUCGGAGUUUUAUUAGGGUUUUAUUAAUUUCUUAAUGGGAUCCUCUUCCUCCAAAUAUCUUCCGACUUAUUCGGUUGGUACUUCUGGGCAACGAAUUCCUGACUCAAACUGUGAUUGGGGCUCGAAAUGCAUUUGUCCCAACAACGAGCACUCGUAUUCUGGCGAGUAUCUGAAUAAUUUGAGGUUGGCCCAGAAGGAGAACACGAGUACCCGAAAUUAUCUCAAAGCUUGGUUUGAGAAAAUGGAAGUGGAGCCUGGUGAAGAGGUGGAGUCCAAAUACGACGAUCGAGUCCCCACACCAGCAGAUCUGAGAUUCUUUGGAGGAGACGAAUCUGAUGAGGAACCCAAUCACUCUGAUUCAUUCGACCUAUACUAUGUGGGUGAGUGUGAGAACACAACUGCUGGUCCAGAGGUUUCUGAUGGGCAAUGUUCGGUUUCGUCCCCAAACGUGAAGGAAGAUGAAAUAAAAAAAAAGCCACCUAAGGGUGUUGAUGAUGCUUAGAGAUAAGUGUGUCUUCUAUAAACCCUCUUUUAAUUAUAUUUGGAUUGCUGGUUAGCUGUGGAGACAUAAGGUGGAGUAGCCAACAACUGUGAUCUGUUGUUGGCAAGGGGUGUUGUUGUUUUGUUGAUGAUGUGAUAGGGUUUGGAGUGUAUUCAUGUCCUCUAUUAUUGCCUUGUUGCUUGAAACAUGUUGCCUUGUUGAUUGAUGAAUGUUGCCUUGUUGAUUGAUGAAUGUUGCCUUGUUGAUUGAUGAAUGUUGCCUUGUGUGCUUGCUGAUUUAAUAAUGUUGCCUGUUGAAACUGUCAUAUGUUUGCUGGUUGAUUAGUGUUGCCUUGAGAGGGGUGAAAGCAUAUGGGAUGGGUUUAUGAAUAAAAUUUUAACAUGUGAUUGGAAAAAAACAGUUUCAUUAAAGUCCCCUCUUAUUGUUUGUCUUUCCUGAAUGCUUGGUCUGUGAUGUUAGGGUUUGAAUGAGGUCUAUGAUGAGUCUUUCAGUGCUGAGAAACUAUCCAUGUUUCAUAAACCACAGUGCGCCAUUAGCAUCCAGCCGUAGGCUGUAUGAGGCUUUUGUGUGCUAAUGGUUUGUGAACAUGGUGUGGUUCAAUGAAGCUUGGGGACAUCUGAGACCAAAUUUAACAUGAUGAUGAGUCUUUCAUAUGCUGAGUCUUUCAUAUGCUGAGAAACAAUUCAAGUUACAUCGAUGAUGAGUCUUUCAUAUGCUGAGAAACAAUUCAAGUUACCUACACUCACUCGUGCUGCCAUUAGUAUCAGUGAUGAUGCUUCUCAGGCGCUAAGUGUGUGUAGGUUGAAUUUGUUUCAAUGAUGCUUGGGGACAUCUGAGAUGAAUUUUGAUGUCAUGCAUGUUUUACUUUUGUUAGUUAGGUGGUCCUUCAAAGGGGAUUGACUUAUUUUUAAAUAUCCAAUGCGAUAGUUCACAAUUUGUCAAUUCCCUUUGGAAGGACCACCAUGACACUUAAACAACAUGUUUGAUUGUGGUGUUAAUGAUAAUCAAUGAUGUUAAAGGUUGAUAUCCUGAGAUUUAUGUUUCAAUACUUGUCCUUUAACUCCUUUUGUCGAAUGGAGUGAUUGUCAUUUCACAUGAUCAGUAGUGAAUAUCAAUCAUUCCGUUCGGCAAAAGGAUGUUAAAGUUGAGAAAAUAUUGAUACAAUAGAUCAAUGAUGCUAUUCAACAACUCUGAGAUUGGAACCCUAAUGUUUGCUAAUGUCCCAUGUGUGAGUUUGGUCAUUGUUAAAAUUUGGAAACAUACUACAUAUAUGCUGUAAAUCAACCUAUCUGAGAUUGUUGUGCCUUGUCCAUUGCUGCCUUGUUAUUUGUUUUGAGUCAUCUAUGAUGAGUCUUCAUUUGCUGACACUCAAACCCUAUAUUCCAUUAACACUCAUGCGCCAUUAGCAUGAAUAAUGCUUCUCAGGAGCUAAGUGUUGGUGGAUGGGGUUUGUGUGAGGGAUGCUUGGGGACAUUCUGAGAUGGUUGUGUGUACUUGCUUCUAUGUACUUGAUGCCUUCUUCUUCAUGCUUUGUUCAAUGAUGAAUUGGUUUAAGCAUAUCGAAUUUUACUUUUGUUGACGCAUCGGUAUCUAGGUGGUAAGAUUUUCCAUCUGAAAAUGAUGUGAUAUGCAUUCUUUCCACUUAGAUGCCGAUGUGUUUAGAGAAGUGAUUUUGCAUAUGACUUUCUAAGUAUGUUGUAAGUAAAUACCUUGCCUUUGCUGCCUUGCUCAUGGCCUUGUUUUUUUGAGUUGUUCAAUGAUGAAAUGAUUUAGUAACUCGAAUAUU